AUGGACACGCACAUCGAGGUAGCGGCGAGAGAUCCAAAUUCAAGACUCCUUAUUGGUAGUCGAGACAAAGAUGUUGCAUGGUAUAAGCCAAACCUCAUCUCUUUGACAGAGCCGCAGCGGGAUCUUUUCGAGAAUUAUAGCCACGUUGCACCCGAUCAAGUUAUCCCUCAUAUUCUCAAAGUGUUCAACCAGCGCGACAAAGCUUGGGAUUUCCUUCCUCUGCCAUGUGUAGGAAUGUUUAGGUUCAUCGACUUCGAACUUUCCAUGUCACCACUGUAUUCGGAUAUUCUCAGCCGUCUCAAAGCCGAAAACAAACUCCUCGAUCUUGGAUGCUGCUUUGGCCAAGAUAUGCGAAAGCUGGUUCAUGACGGCGCGCCUCCAUCGUCCAUUUUCGGUGCCGAAUUGAGGAAAGAAUAUGUUGACAGCGGCUACGAUCUUUUUCUCGACCGAGAUACCUUCGGAGUAAAGAUCAUCAUGGCCGACGUCUUCGACACUCAUGGUCCCCUCAACGAGCUAGAAGACCAGAUGGAUAUGAUUCAUGUCGGAUUAUUCCUUCAUCUCUUUGACUGGGAAGGACAACGGAAGGCUUGCGAACGGAUGGUCAGUCUGCUGAAGAAGCAGGAAGGAGUUAUGGUACUUGGACAUCAGUUGGGGAAUCUUCAACCUAAAGAUGUGCCCUUUGGGGCAGCGCAAAAGGUGUUCAGACAUGACGAGCAGACUUUCGAGCGGUUGUGGAUGGAAGUAGGAGAGAAUACAGGCAGCACGUGGGACGUGAAGGUAACUUUGGAUCGAGGGAUGGGGAUUGCAGAGAAUAAAAGGCCGUGGGAUGAUGAGAAUACACGGAAAAUGACCUUUGAAGUAGUGAGAAUCAAGUGA